CCGAGCCGCCAGAGGAAGAGGCGGCGCCGCUCGCCUUCCUGUUCCGGCCUGUGGGCGCAGCCGCAGCCCGCGCCGCCGGGACGGAGCGCUGCCGGAGCCCCGCCGCGCUGCCAUGGCGCCGAGGCGGCGCCGGGGCUGGGCCGCGCCGGGCUCCCUGUUGCCGUUGCUCUGCGCCCUGCUCCGCGCCGCCGCCGACACCAGCACGGGCCGGGAUUGGUUAAAAACUUACGGCUACUUGCUUCCGUCUGACAGCCACACGUCUGCCGUGCAGUCGGGAAAAGCUGUGCAGUCCGCGGUUGCCACUAUGCAACAGUUUUAUGGGAUCCCAGUAACAGGAGUUUUGGACCAGACAACUAUUGAGUGGAUGAAGAAGCCUCGAUGUGGAGUUCCAGAUCAUCCACACUUACGCCACAGCCGUAGAAAAAAGCGGUAUGCACUAACUGGACAAAAGUGGAGGCAGAAGCAUAUAACCUACAGCGUACACAACUAUACCCCCAAGGUUGGAGAGAUUGAUACAAGGAGAGCCAUUCGUCAGGCAUUUGAUGUUUGGCAGAGAGUGACACCACUUACCUUUGAAGAGGUCCCUUACCAUGAAAUUAAAAAUGACAGAAAGGAGGCAGAUAUUAUGAUAUUUUUUGCUUCUGGUUUCCAUGGAGACAGCUCUCCGUUUGAUGGAGAAGGUGGAUUCCUAGCUCACGCUUACUUUCCUGGACCAGGAAUAGGAGGAGACACUCACUUUGAUUCAGAUGAGCCAUGGACCCUGGGAAAUUCUAAUCAUGAUGGUCCUCCUGUUGAGCCCCUGGAGCCAACCAGGCCUUUACCCACCCUCCCUGUUCGCAGAAUUCACUCCACUUCAGAAAGAAAACAUGAGAGACAUCCAAGGCCUCCAAGUCCUCCUCUGGGUGACAGGCCAUCUCUUCCUGGCACGAAACCGAACAUCUGUGACGGCAACUUUAACACUGUGGCUCUGUUUAGAGGAGAAAUGUUUGUUUUCAAGGACCGCUGGUUCUGGCGCCUGCGCAACAGCCGCGUGCAGGAGGGGUACCCCAUGCAGAUCGAGCAGUUCUGGAAGGGGCUCCCUGCCAAGAUCGACGCUGCCUACGAGCGCUCUGAUGGGAAGUUUGUAUUCUUCAAAGGAGAUAAAUACUGGGUUUUUAAAGAAGUGACAGCAGAGCCAGGCUACCCACACAGUCUGGUGGAGCUGGGGAGCUGUCUGCCCCGGGAAGGCAUCGACACGGCUCUGCGCUGGGAGCCCGUGGGCAAAACCUACUUCUUCAAGGGUGACAGGUACUGGAGGUACAAUGAGGACAAAAGAGCAACAGACCCAGGAUACCCAAAGCCCAUUACUGUGUGGAGAGGAAUCCCUCAGGCUCCACAGGGAGCUUUUAUCAGCAAAGAAGGCUUUUAUACCUACUUUUACAAAGGAAAGGAGUACUGGAAGUUCGAUAACCAGAGGCUGAGUGUGGAGCCAGGCUACCCCAGGUCGAUCCUCAAAGACUGGAUGGGCUGUAACCAGAAGGAUGUUGAGCGGAGCAAAGACAGACGCCUGCCCCACGACGACGUGGAUAUUAUGGUGACAAUAAACGAUAUGCCCAGCACUGUAAAUGCAAUUGCAGUUGUGAUCCCUUGCAUUUUGUCUUUGUGUAUCCUUGUCUUGGUAUACACAAUCUUCCAGUUUAAAAACAAAGAGGUGCAGCAGAAUGUUGUGUAUUACAAAAGACCUGUCCAGGAGUGGGUAUGACACAGCUGCUGCACACUUCAGCUCCUUGAUCUGAGGACUAUGGACACAAAAGAAAAAGGAACAAAAAAAACAAACAAAAACCCAUUCAGAAGCCUACCAAACAAAACUACUUCAGUGACCUACAAGUUUUGGACAACCUGGGACCAAAAGAAGCAGGAAAACUGGAAAAGGCACAGGCAGCCUUGCAGCGUGGAGCCUCUUUGCUGCCUCAGUCGUGGUGUGCCAUCCUCCACAGGCUCUCUGCUAACAUCAGAGUCUUCAAGACAGGCUUCAACUGACCCAGGAAACUUCCUUCAGUUCCCUGCACCAGUGCUCCCUGUUAAACCCAGCAUUCUCCAGUGUAGCUAAACCACCUCUGAACAGAACCAUUUUUUUAACAGCCGUCUCAUAAACGAAUCAAGGUCAUGGAAUCUGUGCACACGAUUCAGUGUUGUAAGCAGAAGACAUUCUGAUGCUGAACCAUUCAAAAAAAAAUCUUCUUAGUUUAUUACAAGGUCCAGGGAAUUACCUGGACACAAUUUUCCAAUAGCUGCUGGUCAGAUAUUUUGUACAUUCAUGACUAAUCCGCUCAGCACCAUGCAUGAGGAACCACGAAGCGCUCCACGAGGUGAACGAGUGCCGAGCAGCUCAAGGAGCACCAAAACAGACACCUGGCAACAUCAAGCCCUACACUGGGACAGUCUGAAGACAAAUUGGGUCUAAAGCAAUCAGCCAUGGGAAUACAUGUUUUUCUUUUGGGAGCCAUUCAUGAAAGAAAUAUUCAAAUGUCACAAACCCUUGUUUUAAGGUCGAACUGACGGUUACAGACGGACUGAGAAACGUGUAUAGACGUAGGCUGCACCCUGCCCCUGGGAAGAUGCUGGGAAGAGAUGAAUUGUUGUUGUGUGGCACUUGUAACUAGAUUGUGGAAUUUGUAUGUUGGGUUCUAGGAGAAUGGAGACGUUUGUUUGGAGUGAGACCAUCCUUGUAUUUGAUGGAAUAGUCAAGACACAGAAUUAGGCCUGUUUAUAAACUCAGCCCAGUCCCUGUAGAUGUUACAAACAUUGUAUGCCUUUGACAUUUGUUUCUUAGUUUUGCUCACUUCUUCACAGGCAAGUAUUUGACAAGGCCCAAAGGAAGCAUGUCACACAGUAGAAUGAGUUCAGCACUAGCCACAGAGACAUAAGGACCAGGCAAAGGCCAGGUAAACAUCUGAACAUUUCACAGGUCUCUUCCCACGCCACCUCCUUCUGCUUCUCUCCUACAGCUGUGGCUGGAUUUGGAUGGUGUGUCCUAACCACAAACUUAGUCUCUUUUAUUUGCUGAUAUUUCUACCAUCUUAAAUAAGAGUAGAAGUUUCUUGCAGUGCCAUGGAAUGGUGAAGCCCAGCCUGUACAAAGUGCCACUCCUGUAAGCACACGAGCUGCUUUGCACACUCACUCCAAGGAGCAGGGGCUGAGCCUCAGCCCUCUGCCUGCAACUGAAUUUCAUUCAGAGCAAUGGAAGUGCAGCACAAAGCACGGUGCAAAGCACAGCUUUAGAGUGUUGGCUAAGAACAAACAAACCCAAGGCUAACAAACAUGCUAAAAGAUAUUCUUUGCCAUGCUGAGGAAUGAAGCAGCAGAAGGAUUGUGAGCGUUCUCAGUUUCUAACUAGUGCUCAAAUAUUGCCAGGCAAGUAGUGAAGCCCACCAGGACUGCAUCACACAUGGUCUCCAACUGGAUUUUGUCCUUCAUAAUUGAUUUCCAUAGCCAAGCUCUUUGUUGUGUUCAAACAUAAACCCAGUAUUACAAACAUAUUACAAAGUGAGAAGCUCGUAGAUGCAAAUCUUUUAGUGAGAAAAAAAUGUGAUAAUGUCUCAUGAUGGGUGAAGGAGUGCAAAGGACCAAAUGAAACGGGAGCUACUGCUCAGCCCCCUGCUGCUCCGUGGCUGUGCUGUGGCAGGACGCACACGAGGAACGCCGCAGCCACCUCGGCUCACCUGUACGCGCCCGUCUCGCCGGGGCUGGGACAGCCCAAACCUUUGAGAAACUUCCAACAGCCAUCAUUAAAAACA